AUGGUCCGGCGUAUGCCCCGGCAGAUGCACCACCCGCCCCCUCAACCCCCCCACCCAAAACACCGCAUCAUCCUCCCACAACAGAUCAAACACCCUUUCAUACUCGGCCCUCUCCACGCCAUACCGCUCCCCAAACAAACUCUGCACCUGCCCAAUCCGCCGCCCAAUACCCACAGGCGGCGACGCCACCAUACCAUCAUCGUUCCCACGCUGCGCCGCCGCCAGCCGCCGCUGCAGGUAGAAGGCCGCCGUGAGGUGGUCGGCGUGAGCGUGGGUUUCGAGGAUGUGGGAGAUGGUGUAGCCGCGGGCGUGGAUGAGGGCGAGGAGGGCGUCGGCGGUGGUGGUGGACACGGUGCGGGUGGUGGGGUUGUAGUCCAGUACCGGGUCGAUGAUGGCUGCUGUGUGGGUAGAUGGGUCGGCGACGAGGUAUUGCCAGGUGCAGGUUUGCGGGUCGAAGAGGCUGUCGAUGGUGGGCUCUGGGGGUUUGGCGGUUGGGGGGGUGGUGGUGGUGGUGGCGGUGGUGAAGAUUCUCACUUAGAGUCGAGACUCGAGUCACAGGAAGAUAUUAAUGGCGACAAGCCGGAUACUACCGGCUCACCUGAUGUCAAAGUCGAUUCAGCAUACCGGGGAUCCACAUACAAGUCGCCGUCCCGUGGCCCGGACCGGAGUCAGGGGUUGGUACCGGCACCCGCCGACAGCCGCGAGAGCCGUCUCCGUUCAAGCAAGAGGUUCUCCUGA